AUGCAUCUAAAGGUGAAGCCAGCAGAGUCACAGAUUCUGAAUGCAACCUCCACCGAUUGGUUGGUGGUAUUUGUGACGAUCAAUGUGUUAUACGUAUCAUUGCGUACCAUCUAUCACCUUUACUUCAACCCUUUAGCCAAAUAUCCUGGGCCCUUCUUAGCAAAGAUAUCUUCCCUGCCAUCAUUUUAUCAUGCCUGCAAAGGGGAUCGCCAUAUCUGGCUCUGGCAAUGCUUCCAGAUUUAUGGGAGCAAGAUACGCACCACUCCAAAUACUGUCCUAUUCAACAGUCCGAAGGCUUAUCAAGACAUCUACAACAUCAAAGCCAACGUGAAGAAGAACAAGACCUAUGACGCAUGGAGGAGGAACGAGGAAGAUAUCAAUACAUUGAAUGUCACAAAUGUUGCCGUACAUGCCUACAAGAGACGAUUGCUAAAUACCGUCUUCACCGAUAGCUCGGUCCGUUCUGCGGCGAGUUUCAUCAUUCGACACCUUGACCGGUGGAAUGAGUUGUCGCUCAACCAAGAGACGCCAGGAGACUGGUCCAAGUCUAUCGAUAUGGCGAAGUGGAUGGAUUGCAUGGUCUUUGAUGUCAUGACGGAUCUUUGCUUUGGGAAGUCGGCAAACAUCAAAGAGCCCGGGCACAAUCCAUACAAAACCAUACCAGAAGCCGUUAUUUCAUACAUGCAAUUCAUGCAUCCGGUAAGGCCCAGGGGCCUCAACUAUUUACUUGACAAGAUCACACCACCCGAUAUUAAGCGCUAUUACGAAUUCCUCGAAUCCAGUGUGUCGGAACGCAUUGAACUCGAAAGAAGCUUAGAGCAAGCAGGGCAGAAGCAGGGCAAAGAAUUGCGGAAAGACAUGCUGUAUUACCUAUACCGAGCCACAGAUCCUGAAACCGGUCGUCCAGCCUAUCCAAAGAACGAGCUUCUGGCCGAAACCAGCCUCCUCAUCAUCGCAGGCUCUGACACCACCUCCGUCAGCCUUUGUGGCUUCUUCUUCUACAUCACACACUAUCCGCGUGUCUACAAAAAACUUGUCGAGCACAUUCGCAGCACCUUCUCAAGCGUCGAUGAAAUAAGCGAAGGCUCCAAACUUACGUCCUGCCACUACCUCCGCGCAUGUAUCGACGAAGCCAUGCGUUUGACCCCAGCCGGGCCCAGCGAGCUUUCUCGUACAAUCCUUCAUGGUGGCCUUCAAGUCGACGGCGAGUAUUUCCCCGAAGGCGCCAACGUUGGCACAGCCGGCUGGUCCAACGGCCACAACGAUGACAACUACGGCGGCGACUCGGAAGUCUUCCGGCCAGAACGCUGGAUCGUGGACCCAGAAAAUGGCAACACGGCUGAACAAGUCGCGCACAUCAAGUCUUGCUUUCAUCCCUUUUCCUCCGGCCCAGGAAAUUGCGCUGGUCAGAACCUAGCCAAGCUUGAGAUGAUGCUCGUGACCGCUCGGACGCUGUAUCGAAUGGACAUCAGAAUUGCGCCGGGAUCUACGCUUGGAGAGGGCAGACCAGAACUUGGAUGGGGCAGGAGAAACAGGAAUUCUUUCCAAUUGGAGGAUGCGUAUGUGGCUAUCCGUCAUGGACCUAUGCUGCAGUUUCGGCAGAGAGAAGAGUGA